AUGAAUUUCUUAUUAUUUGUGGCGUUUCUUGGAGUGAAUUUCGCUUCGUUCGAAGCUCGAAUUUCGGAAUCUCUGAAAGUUUCUCUUUCCGACGGAAGUCAAUUGAUCGGUCGCUACUUGAGUUCGCAUUCCGGCCGCGGAAUUCGCGCCUUCUUGGGAAUUCCUUACGCCGAAGCUCCGCUCGGGAAUCUGCGCUUCAGAGAUCCUGUGCCGAAGAGUCCUUGGACGGAAACUCUUUACGCUGAUCAGGAAGCGAACGCGUGUCUUGGAGUUGAAUAUCUUUUUGGUGUCACAGAAUCAGUGGGAAAUGAAGAUUGUCUCUAUUUAAAUGUUUAUGCGCCUCAGAAUCCUCAGUCAAAGGAUCCUCUGCCAGUGAUGGUGUAUUUUCACGGCGGUGGUUAUCAAAGUGGAAACGGAGGGAAAAUUUUCUACGGUCCCGAUUAUCUUCUGGAUCACGAUGUUAUUCUUGUUUCUGGGAAUUAUCGACUGGGAAUCUUUGGUUUUCUCAGCACAAACACUCUCGAUUGUCCUGGCAAUUUUGGACUCAAGGAUCAAGUUGAGAUCCUCAAGUGGGUUCAGAAGAACAUCGGACAAUUCGGUGGUGACAGAAAUUCAGUGACAAUCUUUGGACAAAGCGCUGGAGGCGCAAGUGUGACUUAUCACACAAUUUCGCCACUGUCAAAAGGACUCUUUCAUCGCGCAAUUCCUCAAAGUGGCACUCUUUACUGCCUUUGUGCUAAAAGGGAUGAGCAAGUUUCUGCCACAAAUGCACGGAAACUGGCAGAAGCAGUGAAAUGUCCUAAAGAUGAUGCGAAGGAAAUGAUUGAAUGUCUUCGAAGUUUGUCUUCAAAGGAACUAAUUUCUCACUUUCACGACUUCUUCACUUGGGAUGUUUAUCCACUGGUUUUCUGGGGUCCUGUUGUAGAGCCGGAAAGUGAGAAAGCUUUUCUCACUGAAGAUCCUUCGACAGUAGCAAGAAUUGAUGAUAUUCCUCUCAUGAUUGGAAUUACAUCAAACGAAGGAUCAAUGAUAAGUAGUGGAGUUGCACACAUGGACGAUAUAAUCUACUUAUUUCCUGUCAUGAAAGAGCUUUUCUUCAAAGGAAUGCCGACAGAAACUGAUGAUUUCAUCCGUAAAACGAUGGUUUCUUUGUGGGUGAAUUUUGCCAAAUUCGGAAAUCCAACUCCGAAAUCCGACGAUUCUUCGCUGCCGGAAUGGAAAGUCGCCGGAAGUUUUCCGUACGAUUAUUUGAGGAUCGGAAAUUAUCACCAAAGCGACGCUCCGAUCAUCGCCAUGGAAAACGGAUUGUACGAGGAAAGAGUGCUUUUCUGGAGGAAAAUCAACUCAGAAUUGUUCGGAAACUAAAAAGACGCUGAUUGGAAAUACCUUUAUUAUGUUUAUGUUGACUGUUUUGGCGUGAAAUUAAAGGACUUUGAAAUAUAUUUUCUGUGUCGAUUAAGUACGCAGAAAUCCUAAUAAUGACAGUUAUUCACAAAAGUAUGUUUAUCGGCUAAUUUUCACACAGAAGCUCGAAUUUAUGUUCACGUAGGUUUUCAUGAAAAAUUACAACGACACUAAGAAAUAUUUUUAUACCCAAUUUCUUAUAAUUCAUGAUUGUUUUAUAGACGAAUGCAGGCUAUUUUUGUACUUAUUUUAUUUCA